UUUGCCAACACCUUCCUGGCCCAACGCGGCUGGCCUUCCUCCCCUCCCCCUUGUGGCCGGCUUCUGAGUGCGCAGGCCCAAACUCAUCCGCGGUGUCCGCCUCUGCGCAGGCGCCGUGCUCCUCCCACGGCGGUUGGCCAUAUAGAGGCCGGGGGUGGAGGGGAGGUCAAGCGUAGCCUCUUCUCCUUUACCAAGAUGGCGGCUUGUCCCAGCUUCGCCACAGUUCCUACCUUAUGAGCUUGGUUUUCUUACGCUAAUAAGAGUGGAACAGCAAAAGCUGGCAGGCUGACAGAAGCGGCCUCAGGACGGACUUCCUGGCUUCUGACCCUUUUGCUGUGGCUUACCCGGAUUGUGUGUAGGCGUGUGAUCAACCAUGAGCUCCGUUGCAGUUUUGACCCAAGAGAGCUUUGCUGAACACCGAAGUGGGCUGGUUCCUCAACAGAUCAAAGUUGCCACUCUAAAUUCGGAAGAGGAGAGCGACCCUCCAACCUACAAGGAUGCCUUCCCUCCACUUCCCGAGAAAGCAGUCUGUUUGGAAAGUGCCCUGGAGCCUGCUGGAGCCUGGGGUAACAAGAUCCGGCCCAUCAAGGCUUCUGUCAUCACUCAGGUGUUCCAUGUACCCCUGGAAGAGAGAAAAUAUAAGGACAUGAACCAAUUUGGAGAAGGUGAACAAGCAAAAAUCUGCCUUGAGAUCAUGCAGAGGACCGGUGCUCACCUGGAGCUGUCACUGGCUAAAGACCAAGGCCUCUCCAUCAUGGUCUCGGGGAAGCUAGACGCUGUCAUGAAAGCACGGAAGGACAUUGUUGCUAGACUGCAGACUCAGGCCUCAGCAACUGUUGCCAUUCCCAAAGAACACCAUCGCUUUGUUAUUGGCAAAAAUGGAGAGAAACUGCAAGACUUGGAGCUAAAAACUGCAACCAAAAUCCAGAUCCCACGCCCAGAUGACCCCAGCAAUCAGAUCAAGAUCACUGGCACCAAAGAGGGCAUUGAGAAAGCUCGCCAUGAAGUCUUACUCAUCUCUGCCGAGCAGGACAAGCGUGCUGUGGAGAGGCUAGAAGUAGAGAAGGCAUUCCACCCCUUCAUUGCUGGGCCAUACAAUCGACUCGUUAGCGAAAUCAUGCAAGAGACAGGGACUCGCAUCAACAUCCCCCCACCCAGUGUGAAUCGGACAGAAAUCGUCUUUACUGGAGAGAAGGAACAGUUGGCUCAGGCCGUGGCUCGUAUCAAGAAGAUUUAUGAAGAAAAGAAAAAGAAGACCACAACCAUUGCUGUGGAGGUGAAGAAAUCUCAGCACAAGUAUGUCAUUGGGCCCAAGGGCAAUUCAUUGCAGGAAAUCCUGGAGAGAACUGGAGUUUCUGUUGAGAUCCCACCUUCAGAUAGCAUCUCUGAGACUGUGAUACUUCGAGGAGAGCCUGAAAAAUUAGGACAGGCAUUGACUGAAGUCUAUGCCAAGGCCAACAGUUUCACUGUCUCCUCUGUUGCUGCCCCUUCCUGGCUUCACCGUUUCAUCAUUGGCAAGAAAGGGCAGAAUCUGGCCAAAAUCACUCAGCAGAUGCCAAAGGUUCACAUUGAGUUCACAGAGGGUGAGGACAAGAUCACCUUGGAAGGCCCUACAGAGGAUGUAAAUGUGGCCCAGGAACAGAUCGAAGGAAUGGUCAAAGAUUUGAUUAACCGGAUGGACUAUGUAGAAAUUAACAUCGAUCACAAGUUCCACAGACACCUCAUUGGGAAGAACGGUGCCAACAUAAACAGAAUCAAAGACCAGUACAAGGUGUCUGUGCGCAUCCCUCCUGAUAGUGAGAAGAGCAACCUGAUUCGCAUCGAGGGAGAUCCACAGGGCGUGCAGCAGGCCAAGCGGGAGCUACUGGAGCUUGCGUCUCGCAUGGAAAAUGAGCGUACCAAGGAUCUAAUCAUUGAGCAAAGAUUUCAUCGCACAAUCAUUGGGCAGAAGGGUGAACGGAUCCGUGAAAUUCGUGAAAAAUUCCCAGAGGUUAUCAUCAACUUUCCAGACCCAGCACAAAAAAGUGAUAUUGUCCAACUUAGAGGGCCCAAGAAUGAGGUGGAAAAAUGCACAAAAUACAUGCAGAAGAUGGUGGCAGAUCUGGUGGAAAAUAGCUAUUCAAUUUCUGUUCCGAUCUUCAAACAGUUUCACAAGAACAUUAUUGGGAAAGGAGGCGCAAACAUUAAAAAGAUUCGUGAAGAAAGCAACACCAAGAUCGAUCUUCCAGCAGAGAAUAGCAAUUCAGAGACCAUUAUCAUCACAGGCAAGCGAGCCAACUGUGAAGCUGCCAGGAGCAGGAUUCUGUCUAUUCAGAAAGACCUGGCCAACAUAGCCGAGGUAGAGGUUUCAAUUCCUGCCAAGCUGCACAACUCCCUCAUCGGCACGAAGGGUCGUCUCAUCCGCUCCAUCAUGGAGGAGUGCGGCGGGGUCCACAUUCACUUUCCUGUGGAAGGUUCAGGAAGCGACACAGUUGUCAUCAGGGGUCCAUCCUCAGAUGUGGAGAAGGCCAAGAAGCAGCUUCUGCACCUGGCAGAAGAGAAGCAAACCAAGAGUUUCACUGUUGACAUCCGCGCCAAGCCAGAAUACCACAAAUUUCUCAUUGGCAAAGGAGGUGGCAAAAUUCGCAAGGUGCGUGACAACACCGGAGCUCGCAUCAUCUUCCCAGCGGCUGAGGACAAGGAUCAAGAUCUGAUCACCAUCAUAGGAAAGGAGGAUGCUGUCCGGGAGGCGCAGAAGGAGUUGGAGACCUUGAUCCAGAACCUGGAUAACGUGGUUGAAGACUGCAUGCUGGUGGACCCCAAGCACCACCGCCACUUUGUCAUUCGAAGAGGCCAGGUCUUGCGGGAGAUUGCUGAGGAGUAUGGUGGAGUAAUGGUCAGCUUCCCACGCUCCGGCACACAGAGCGACAAAGUCACUCUCAAGGGCGCCAAGGACUGUGUGGAGGCAGCCAAGAAACGCAUUCAGGAAAUCAUUGAGGAUCUGGAAGCUCAGGUGACAGUAGAAUGUGCUAUACCCCAGAAAUUCCAUCGAUCUGUCAUGGGUCCCAAAGGUUCCAGAAUCCAGCAGAUUACUCGGGAUUUCAGUGUUCAAAUUAAAUUCCCAGACAGAGAGGAGAAUCCAGUCCACAGUGUAGAGCCAGUUGUCCAGGAGAAUGGGGACGAAGCUGCGGAGGGGAGAGAGGCCAAGGAGGCUGACCCCGGCUCUCCAAGGAGGUGUGACAUCAUCAUCAUCUCUGGCCGGAAAGAAAAGUGCGAGGCUGCCAAGGAAGCCCUGGAGGCCUUGGUUCCUGUCACCAUUGAAGUGGAGGUGCCCUUUGACCUUCACCGUUACAUCAUUGGGCAGAAAGGAAGUGGGAUCCGCAAGAUGAUGGAUGAGUUUGAGGUGAACAUACAUGUCCCAGCACCUGAGCUGCAGUCUGACAUCAUCGCCAUCACAGGCCUUGUUGCAAAUUUGGACCGGGCCAAGACUGGGCUGCUAGAGCGUGUGAAGGAGCUGCAGGCCGAACAGGAGGACCGGGCUUUAAGGAGUUUCAAGUUGAGUGUCAUUGUAGACCCCAAAUACCAUCCCAAAAUAAUUGGGAGAAAGGGGGCAGUGAUCACCCAAAUCCGCUUGGAGCAUGAUGUGAACAUCCAGUUUCCUGAUAAGGAUGAUGGAACCCAGUCCCAGGACCAAAUUACCAUUACAGGGUAUGAAAAGAAUACAGAAGCUGCCCGGGAUGCUAUAUUAAGAAUUGUGGGUGAACUUGAACAGAUGGUUUCCGAGGACGUCCCCCUGGACCACCGUGUUCAUGCCCGUAUCAUUGGUGCCCGUGGCAAAGCCAUCCGCAAAAUCAUGGAUGAAUUUAAGGUGGACAUUCGCUUUCCACAGAGUGGAGCCCCAGACCCUAACUGCGUCACUGUGACGGGGCUCCCGGAGAAUGUGGAGGAAGCCAUUGACCACAUCCUCAACCUGGAAGAGGAAUACCUGGCAGAUGUGGUGGACAGUGAGGCCCUGCAGGUGUACAUGAAGCCUCAGGUACACGAGGAGUCCAAAGCACCAUCCAGAGGCUUUGUGGUGCGUGAUGCGCCCUGGACUGCCAAUAGCAGUGAGAAGGCUCCUGACAUGAGCAGCUCUGAGGAAUUUCCCAGCUUUGGGGCUCAGGUGGCCCCCAAGACCCUCCCUUGGGGUCCCAAACGAUAAUGAUCAAAAAGCAGAAACCUCUCCAGCCUGCUGACCCGAACCCAACCACCAAACAAUGGUUUGUCUCAAUCUGACCCAGCGGCUGGAGCCUCCGUAAAUUGUUGACGCUCUUCCCCCUCCCGAGGUCUCACAGUGAAGCCUGGCAUGGCCGGCUCUGUGUGCGGCCGGUUUGGGGCCUGGUCGACACCCAGUGCAUGCUCAGGAUCUGCUCCCUGAUACUUGGCUCUGGGCGCUCCACUGUUUUAACACUAAACAAAGGUAAUUGAGCAUUUCGUGAUAACACAGACUCCAGCUUCCUGGUCCACCCAGCAUGUCAGUCAGCACUCUGACCUUCAUUACGAGAGCUCCUCAGCUGUGGCUAGGAUUCGACUUCCUGUGUCAUGACCUCAGGAAAUAAAUUUCCUUGACUUUAUAAAAGCCAAAACGUUUGCCCUCUUCCUUUCCCACCUUCCUCCUGCCCAUUGCCUGUCGUCCAGACCUUCCUUUUUGUAGAGUGCAAUCAGCCUCCUCCAGCUGCCAAAAGCCUCCUUAGCACAGAUGACAGUGUGAGAGGAAGGCCUGGCUCUGGACAGUGGUAGGUUGCUGUCCUAGAGCUAGAGGGGACCCAAAAGGCAGAGGGUGACUUGGGUUCUCAAACAGUCCUGAUUUUACCUGCUGUGGGAUCUGAAAGCACUAAGGAUCUCCACCCACUCAGCCCGCCCACCCCACCUUCCCCCAUUGCUGCACCCUCGGCUGAGGUCUGGUGAGCAGAACCUGGAGGUGAGGUUGUGUGUGUACCAUCUGGGUCCCUUGUGGCUAUCACAGUAUCUGCUGUGACCUGAGACAUGCUCAGGGGCAGGGGAAGUGGGGGCCAUCCACUUAUCCUGGGUGGGGGCAGCUUGCUUUUAGGUAACAGCUCGGCUUGUUCUCACCACCUGCAGCUCCCCUGCCCUGGACACCAUGUGUUCAGCUGCCUUCUUUCUACCUCAGCCGGCGUGGUAGUGGUCUCCUGUGUAGUUUGUGCCACCCCAUAUGCUGUUCUUGAUUUAGACACUUCUGGUGGUUGUGGGUUUGCCACGAGUUUGGCAUGGGCGCUAUGUGCCGAAGCUCCAGGCUGGCACCCUCCCUCACCCACAGGUGUGUCAGUGGCCAGUGGGCCAGUCCAGAGGGUACUCUUCCACCCCCAGCCCAGACUGCCUGGGUGCUGCCUGCAAGCCCCAGGUGCAGGUCCCAGCUGGUUGGCCUUGAGUGGCAGGCUUCAUGAUCCACAAAGGGAAGCAGAGUGAGGACCCAGCAAGCAGGUGCUGAGAGCCCAUGCUAGCAAAGGGAGGGUCCAUGCUUCCUCAGAUGCGUGGCAGGUAAUUCUGAGUUAUGGAUCACCAGCCCUGCCUGCAAAGGUGCCCCCAGCCAGCCUUGCUGAAGGUCUACCCUCAGAGGAAAGGUGGUCCCACACAGAGGCAUCUGUGUCAUGUGAGGACCAAGCCUGUGUCCUAGAUCUCUGGGUCUUUUGGUCUUCCCAUCCCUGCCUCUUUCUCCACAGAGGUGACUGAGCCACUAACAAGUUGUCCUGUCUCAGAUACUUGAGUUCUAGAAAAGCUGACUUGUGCCCAUCCAUCUCAUAGCCCUUUCCUGGGGACAGUCACUUCUGCCUUGACACCCUACACCCAAAGUUUCUCACUCAGUUUGGUAAUUCAAGCUUGGUCAUCUUUAGACUCGGGAAUUCCUAAAUAGACCCAGAAUUGCUUAACCCAAGUCUAACUUCAGUUGCCUUGGCAAGGUCCCCAUUAGCUCAAGCAGCCCUAACUAUGCCCCUUUCUAGGAAUCAUACAUUGGGAUACGAAAGUACAUUUCCUUCAGCGGAAUAGCCUGGGUGACCCUGAAUUAGGUUGAGUUGAUAGAAACAGGAAAGAAGGCAAGGUGCUUCUUGCCUUUCCCAGAACUGUCUCCUCCAUCUUGACUGGGGAGCCUUGUAGGGGAAGGACUGUCACCUCUUUCCCAUCUGCAUGAGUUUUAGAACUUGCAUCCCCUCCCUGGUUUUUCCAGCUCCCUCUGGUAUCUAUCCCAACCUGAUCUCCUACAACAUCUGGCCCCUAUACCCUCCCCCCCAAAGAUAAAUUUUAAAUUCUCACAACAGAUUUUUGCACAUCUCUGUGUAUUGCUAAACGUCUUAGAUGCAAUCCCUUUCCUAAGCUGUUCAGGGGUCUCUUUUUUUUUUUUUUUUUUUCUUUUUAAUGUUAAAUGAAGGUUAUGAAAUGACUGUAUCCAGGCCUGUCUCCCUAAGCCUCGGUGCUGUCAGGAGAGCCCUGGGCAGGGAUAAGGAAUGUGUGUCCUUUUCCUCCUUGUUGAAUGUCUUCCAUAUCAUAUGUUUCCAUAGCUACAAUCCAUCCCUUGGCCUUAACUUUGGAAUUUGGAGAUUAUAUGCAAACAUGUGUAAAGGGUCAUGAAUAUGGAUGACACUGGAAUUUUAUAAAUUCUAAAAUAAAACCCAAAACCAGA